AUGCGGCUGCCGCUGCUUGUGUCCGUGGGCGUCCUGCUGGUGGCUCUGCUGCCCUGCCCGCCAUGCAGGGCCCUCCUCACCCGGGGGCCCAUCCCGGGCGCCCGGCAAGCCCUGCAGCACCCCCAGCCCCUGGAUUUCUUUCAGCCGCCGCCGCAGCCUCAGCAGCCCCAGCAGCCGCAGGCUCGGCCCGUCCUACUCCGCAUGGGGGAGGAAUACUUCCUCCGCCUGGGUAACCUCAACAAGAGCCCCGCUGCUCCCCUCUCGCCCGCCUCCUCUCCUCUCGCUGGCGGCAGCGGCAUCCGCCUUUCGCCGGACGAGGCUGCCGCCAACUUUUUCCGCGCGUUGCUCCAGCAGCUGCCGCUGCCCCGGCGCCCGCUCGACAGCCCAGCGGGUCCCGCGGAGCCCGGCGCCGAGAAUGCCCUCGGCGGCCGCCAGGAGGCACCGGAGAGGGAGAGGCGAUCCGAGGAACCUCCCAUUUCGCUGGAUCUCACCUUCCACCUCCUCCGAGAAGUCUUGGAAAUGGCCAGGGCCGAGCAGUUAGCGCAGCAAGCUCACAGCAACAGGAAACUGAUGGAGAUUAUUGGGAAAUGA